AUGAUUUCAAAGAUUAUGGAUAUUUUGGGUAGAAGUCAGAAGAUUCUGAGAGGAACAGUAAUCUCAAAGACUCAUACAAAGACAGCAAUGAUCGAAGUUGUCAAGGUAUUCUUUGACAGAAGUAAAUAUGCAAGUGUCACCAAGCAAAAGACUAAAUAUAUGAUUCACGACCCAUCUGACGAGUGUAUCGUUGGUGACUACGUCAACUUCACACCAUGUAAACCAGUUUCAAAAAGAAAAUCACACGUACUUGUAAAGAUUGCAAAGAGACCACAAACAACUGAAUUCAUCCUCAAGAAUCCACAAUACACCGUCACCGCCAAAGAAAUCAAAGAACAAAAGGAAAAAGACAAGAUCAAAUAUACUUUUAUUUCUGACCUCCAAUAA